AGUUCGACCAAAAAGAAGAAAACACGUUAAACUUGACGUGGACGAAAGCAGCUGGCCUAUUUUAGAAAGAAGUUCAGCGGCACAAUGCGUAAAAGAUUUAAUUCUGCUGUAUAAUAAGUGAUUAAUCGUGGUGAAAUUUAGGGGGCUGAUGUUAAAUUAGUAAAAUAACAUGGCCUUAAAACAUAAAAUGUAUGGAGUGUGGAGUUUGAUGGUGCUGGCAGCGCUGUGGAGUCCGUCUGCGGACGGUGCUGCGGUGAUAUCUAUCGAUUUGGGCUCGGAAUGGUUGAAAGUCGGGAUCGUGUCACCGGGGGUGCCGAUGGAGAUAGUGUUGAACAAGGAGUCGAAGAGGAAAACGCCGGCGGUCGUGGCGUUCAGAGACGGCGUGCGGACGUUCGGAGAAGACGCCGUGACUGUCGGCGUGAGGUUCCCGAAGAAUUCUUAUAAGUACCUUCUGGAUCUUCUUGGAAAGUCGUAUGAUCACCCGCUCGUGCAGGCUUACAAGGAGCGCUUCCCCUAUUACGAGAUUGUGGAGUCAGCGAGAGGGACUCCCGAGUUUGUCCAUGAUGAGAACACAAGGUUCACACCCGAGGAGCUGGUCGCUCAGUUCUUGGCGAAGGCUAAGGACUUUGCUGAGAUCAAUCACGGCCAACAAAUUAGCGAGUGUGUCAUAACGGUACCUGGCUACUUCAACCAGGCGGAGCGGCGAGCCAUGAAGGAGGCGGCCGGUUUAGCGGGGCUCACUGUCUUACAGUUGAUCAACGACUACACAGCUAUUGGUAUCAACUACGGAAUCUUCAGGAGGAAGGAAAUCAACGAGACUCCAUGGCAGGCGCUGUUCUUCGACAUGGGCGCGGGCUCCACGAAGGCGGCGCUCGUCGAGUACAAGAACGUCAAGGUCAAGGACCGCGGCUACGUGGAGACGGUGCCGCAACUGCAGGUUUUGGGCGUUGCUUACGACAGAACCCUCGGUGGUUUCGAGAUCACCCUCCGCCUCCGCGAGCACCUCAUCAAGGCGUGGGAGGCCCAGGGCGGCGGCGACGUGCGGGCCUCGCCUCGGGCCAUGGAGAAACUCCUCCGCGAGGCCGAGAGACUCAAGAUAGUGCUGUCGGCCAAUACUGAGCAUUACGCGCAGAUCGAGAGCUUGCUGGAUGAUAAGGAUUUUAAACACUUGGUAUCCCGAGCCGAGCUUGACGAGCUGUGCGCCGACCUGUGGCCGCGCGUGUCGUCGGUGCUGGCGCGCGCGGCGGCGGCUGGUGGUGCGGCGUCCUCCGCGCGCCUCGUGCUGGCGGGCGGCGCGGCGCGCGUGCCCGCCGUGCUGGCCGCGCUCAAGGACCAGGGAUAUGAGCCCAGCCGGUCUAUUAACGCCGACGAGGCCGUCGCCAUGGGCGCCGUCUACAGAGCCGCAUCCCUGGCCACGGGCUACAAGGUGGCGCCGCUGAACGUCAAGGACGCGGUGCUGCUGCCCGUGCAGGUCGUGUUCACGCGGCACGUCGACGGGACCGACAAGCUGAUCAAGAGAACCCUCUUCAGCCCAAUGAACCCGUACCCUCAGAAGAAGGUCAUCACCUUCAACAAGCACACCGAUGAUUUCUCCUUCAACGUCAACUACGCCGAACUCGACCACAUCCCGCCCUCCGAGCUCCCCUACCUCGGCUCGCUCAACCUCACACAAGUCGUCCUGAGCGGAGUCGGCGCGGCCCUGCACAAACACACGGGCGACAACGUCGAACACAAGGGCAUCAAGGCACACUUCAACAUGGACGACUCCGGGAUCCUCAGUCUAGUCAACGUGGAAUUCGUAGCGGAAAAAACAGUCACAGAAGAGGACAAAGACAGCACUCUCUCUAAACUGGGCAGCACCAUCAGCAAGCUCUUCGGCUCUGAUGACGCUGAGAAGACGGAAGAGACAGAAAAGGCACCGGAGGCGGAAAAGAAUGACACUGCCAACGCUAAUGAGGCUGGAGAUAAACAGAAUGCUACAGAACCUGAAGCUAAACCUAAACCGAAGAUCGUUGUUCUUAAAGAGCCUAUCAAAACUGAUGAACAAGUGCUAGUCCUGCAACCAUUGACUCAAGAACAGUUCAAAGCUUCGAAGGCUAAAAUAUCUGAGCUGGACGCUAUAGACAGGAAACGAGCUGAAAGGGAAUCCGCACUGAACAGUUUAGAGGCGUUCGUAGUUGAUGCUCAGAUGAAAAUGGACAUGGAAGAGUUUGCAGAGUGUGGUACUCCUGAACAGAUCGAGGAAGUCAAGAAGUUAUGUGCUGAAACUUCUGAAUGGCUUUAUGAUGACGGUUACGAAGCUCCGACAGAACUCUAUGAGGAGAAACUGGCUUUGAUCAAGGAGAAAACUAAUCCUAUCUUUUAUAAGCAUUGGGAGCACAGAGAAAGGCCCGACGCGAUUGCCGCUCUGCGCAGCAUGCUUAACACUUCCAAUGAAUUCUUGAAAUCUGCAAAGAAUUUCACUCAAGAAGUCAACCCAGAGAAAGACAUGUUCACUCAGGUCGAAAUCACAGUUUUAGAAAAGAAAAUAGAGGAAACUCAAGCGUGGCUGGACAAGUCCAUCAAAGAACAGAACGCAUUGAAAAAGAAUGAGGAGAUUAAGCUGACCAUUGAUAGCAUAAGGGAGAAGAUGGGCGGUUUGGACAGAGAAGUUAAGUAUCUAGUGAAUAAAAUGAAGAUUUGGAGGCCUAAGAAGCCAACUAAGAAAGAGAACAAAACUGAAGAAACUAUAGAAGUUACAGACGAAAUAAAAGAAGGGAAAGUGGAGGAAAGUGUAGAAAAGGCAGUGGUAGAGGAGAAUCAAGAAGAGGAGAUUAAAGAACAGGUAGAAGCGACGGAAACGCCGCAGUUAGGUGAUGGCAAAGACGAACAUUCCGAGUUAUAAUAGUGAGGUUUUAAAUUUAGUCUUAUUUAUUUUUUACCUUCCAAGUCCUGGGACUUGUUCGCUUUUUGUAUUACAUCUUGAACUACAUCAUGCGCGAUUUCAAUCUAUCACAUUCAGUUACGUAAUGUAAGAGUGGGAUGGGCUGAUAUUGAGCAAGAGAUUGACCUAUGUACCCUUAUGUCUCAUUCAGUAUCGGUCGAUAUACAACAUUCGUAACGUCUUUGUCAUAAAAUGUAUACAUUUUUUACAGUUGACAGUUCUAUACCUAAGGUACACGCGUCAAAGAGGACCCGAGGAUUCAUAAUUUUGAGAGUUGGGUUCAAAUAUUGCGUCCAUAAUGGCUAGUGUCACAGACAAAACUGCAAGUUCAUAUUAAACAUUACAAAAAUUAAAAAUGAAUACAACUAUGGGCCUUUAAUUUUCGCGCCAGUACAACCUAUGUUUUGAUUAUUCGCUAGUGUUCCAGGGACAACCCGGUACGAUAUGGCCAGGCUUGCUUCUUGCACCAUCUGAAUGGGGCAUUAUUAUAAGUACCACUUAGUAUUUAUUGUGCGACUUGACCUUUAAAAAACCAACAGUUUUAUUUAGACGAAUGUUCCAAGAUUGUGUGUUUCAAGAUUUAAUGCGAAAAGCGAGCUCAAUUAAUUUAAUAAAUCUCAAAACGAUUUCUAGCCGCCUUUGUUUCUUCCAAAAUAUCCUUUAUUUAUUGUUGUCUAUGGUCUUUGGUUAUUAAAAAAACUUUUUAUUUUUUUAUUGAGUGCGGCUCCUGUCUUGUCUAUCUUAUAUAUUUAAGCGGCGACCCCAAGCGUACGACCAGAGGAUGUUAUUAUUAUUAUAUUUAUAAUAAAUGUAAUUUAUGUGAUAUAAUAUAAAUGGCUAUAGAAUUAGAGUUUUCCUGCAAUAGACAGGGUUUGCAUUUAAUUAUUUGGAGUAACUUCACCCUGAUUCCAUUAUUCGUUAGGUAGUUCCUCAGUUCUCAUGUCCAUGACUUAUUUAUUUAAUAUCUUCAAAAUCUAAAAUUGUUUCUUUUAGAUAUUGUUCAAUACCUAUAGUGAGUAGUAGUUCAAACAUUUUUUUUAUUUAAUUUUUUUUUAUAGUACGGGACAGUUGAAAUAUGUAGAAAAUGAGAUUAAUAUCAGAUUUUCAGGUGUAUUCUUGAGUAAGGAAAAACCUUCCCUUAGUUGUUUUAUUUUCUGCUUGUUUUGCAAAUAUGCAGAAAAUAAAACAUUUUUAGCUGUUGUCAAAAAUGUCAAAUCACUAUCUAAUAUCACUACUUACCUGCUGUUUUAUCAGUAUCACUAAGUUUCAAAAUAUAAAAGUUAUAUCGCCACUCGUUGCGAAUUUCCUACUUUACGCACUUGUAUCGUACUAAUGGACAAUGGUGCAUUGUGUAAAUUCUAUUUAUUAUUGAUGAAAUGUGUAACGAACUUUAUACUUUUUGUGUUGUUUUGUAAAAUGUUGUUCACUAAAAGUCGUUAUCCAUGAUCGCACCAAUUUAACUCCUUUAAAGCUAUUGUUCUUUAUAUAUUAUAUUUAAUUAGUAAUAUCACUAUUUGGCUAACAUUUUACUGGAAAAAAUAUAGAAUCUACGUUGGCAUUUUAUCAACUAGCCAUAUACGUGCUCGGACACGACAUGGAGGACUAGAUAUCAACUGGUACAGUAAGGUGCAUAGAUAGCUGAUUCCCCUGCAAACAAGUUUAUAUGAAGGGGGGUCACUUAUCUCUGCAGUUUACUGUACAUUUUAUAUAUGUGGUUACUUUUAUUGAACAACAGUUUAGACUUGUAAGAUAUACCAGUGAUACAAUUUCUAUUGGAAAUAGUAACUUUAAAUGAAAUCAAUCGUGGUUUUGAAUUACACAAAAUAAAACAACUCGAUUAUGAACUCGAGUAUUUAUCCUAAUCCCGGCUAUUCUUUUAAUUCUAUACUUACUCCACUCUUGGCAUAAAGAUGUUAUUUACACCUAGGUAUCAGUUGUACAUAAGUUUUAAUUUAAAGUUCCUUAAGUUCCAUAAUAAAAAAAAACUGUUUAGUCAGCUUCUGCAUUAAUAUCACUAUUUGGUGCGUCGGACCAUUAUGUGCGAGACCAGAUUACAUAAUAAGAGAACAGAUACGCUACUCUCAUUCUAACGGAAAACCAUUAGACUAAAUAUAAAUAAAUAAAUAUUAUAGGUCAUUUUUACACAAAUUGACUAAGCCUUACGGUAAGCUCAAGAGAGCUUGUGUUAUGGGUACUCAGACAACGAUAUAUAAAGACAUAGAAAACAACCAUGACUCAGGAACAAAUAUCUGUAUCAUCAUACAAAUAGAUGCCCUUAUCAAGAUUCGAACCCGGGACCAUCAGCGUCAUAGGCAGGGUCACUAGUGUCACUACCCACUAGGCCCGACCGGUCGUCAAAAAAAAUAAAAAAACUAAGAUUAAACAUUUAAAGCCGUUCCCUUCAAUUUGGCCUUUAUGGCUUGUAUGGGAACUAGGUAAAUACCCCACUAUUAAUUGUAGUUAUAACGUAACGUUGUUAUCGUCAAUUAUUAGUACUCUGCCGUUCCUCGCUAACUAAAAUGAACAUUAUUUACAUAAUGCAGAGAGCUGGAUUUACCAUGCUUAAGCUCGUAUCUAAGAAAAAACAUGGUUGACUCUUGAGGUCGUGUAUGCUUGCUCGGGAUCGUGAUUUGAGUGUGGCGUAUCGUUUGUAGGUAUAUUAUGUAAUCUGCGACGUAUUUAGUAAUGUAAUAGUAGGGUAAAAUACCCAUUGAUCGUCAUCGAAAUUACCAGUCGUUGACACCCAUCAGUUUCGUAGGAAUGAUGCCAAUUAUUAGAACGACGUCCAUGGAAGGACCUAUCUGAAAUCGAUUGCUAUUAAGAAUAUUUUUACAUAAUACAAUGCAAAUGUUUACAUCUGAAAUCUGUCUGUAGCAGAAAAACAGCGUGAAACAAAUGUAUGAGUUUUAAAGAGUGUACCUAACGUUUAAGUGAUAUUUCUUUAUGUCCAGUCUCAAAAGGAAAAUAAAUGAUACAAUGAAGUACCUA